AGAGGGAGCGAGAGAGACACGCGCUCAACUAGCAGGUCAUCCAGCUCACAAAAUCUGUUGUGUUCUGACAACGACAACAGAAAGGAGCCAGAAGACUUCACUUAACAGACACACUGCGCUUUCAGAAAUGCACGGAUUAAGGGAACGGCGUUUUAUCUCCACACCUGACAUUUUCCAGGCUUUUUCAGGCUUUUUGGUGACAGCGAAAGAGUAGAAGGAAGUGUUUUCAAAGAGGACAGAAUGAAGCAAAGCUCUGGAGCCAACGACUGCUUGAAAGAUGCCAUGAAGAAUGCAUCGCCUCUAAGUGAACUCGGGAGGUAACAAACUUUUGCUUUCGAGAGGCUCUCAGUGUGGGACAUUAUGAACUUGCAUGUCAAUAUUUCAAAACCGGUGCCCAAAAGCGUGUUGACCUCUUCAAACCUGAUGCCCUUUGACCCUGACUCCUGGACUCCGAGCCCGGACAUCAUGCUGGGUAAUGUGGUCCAUAACAGUUCAAUCGGCUGUAACAGAAGCUGGACUGACAGAGAAGCAUCCCUCUUUCCCAAUCUAUCCAUGAUUGCCACUUCCAGCGAAAGGACAGAACUGCUGUCAUCGCAAAGGUGCAACGGCGAGACGACUAAAGAGGAGUUAGAUCGCAAAAACUGGGCUGCGCUGCUGAUUUUGGUUGUGGUCAUUGUUACGGUGGCUGGGAACAUUUUAGUAAUCAUGGCCGUCAAUCUGGAAAGAAAACUGCAGAACGCCACCAAUUACUUCCUCAUGUCACUUGCGGUGGCAGAUAUGCUUCUGGGACUUCUGGUCAUGCCAGUCUCCAUGGUGACCAUUGUGUAUGGUUACUCAUGGCCUUUCCCUGCAUCACUGUGUCCCAUGUGGAUCUACUUGGAUGUGCUCUUCUCCACCGCCUCCAUCAUGCACCUGUGUGCAAUCUCCCUUGACCGCUAUGUGGCCAUUCGUAACCCCAUCCGACACAAUCGGUCAAACUCCCGCUCCCGUGCCCGAGCCAAGAUUACAGCGGUCUGGACCAUCUCUGCAGGCAUUUCCAUGCCAAUCCCAGUGCUGGGUCUGCGGGAUCACACCAAAGUUUUCAAGGAUGGCAGCUGCCUAUUGACUGACAACUCUUUUGUAUUGAUUGGGUCCUUUGUGGCUUUCUUUGUGCCAUUGACUAUUAUGGUGGUGACCUACUUCCUGACUAUCAGCGCUCUGCAGAGCGAAGCCACACUCUGCCUUGACCAACUGGUGCCCAGGCCCAAAUGGAGCACAGGUUUAACUCUCAACUUCCUACCAGGACCCUCGUUUUCGCCAUCAGAGAAAAAACUCUUCUUGCGACGUUCAUUGAGCCGUGAGCCAGGAGCCGAUUCGGGAGUUGUCACACCACCUUUUGGACGGCAUAACAUGCAGUCUAUCAGCAAUGAACAAAAGGCCUCUAAAGUUCUGGGGGUAGUUUUCUUCCUCUUUGUGGUCAUGUGGUGUCCCUUUUUUAUCACCAAUGUCUUGGCAGUGGUUUGUGAACCGAAUGCGUGUGACGCUGAUAUAAUAAACAGACUGUUGAAUGUUUUUGUAUGGGUUGGUUACCUGUCCUCCGCUGUUAACCCAUUGGUUUACACACUCUUCAACAAGACUUAUCGCUCAGCCUUCGCCAGAUACAUCCGAUGCCAGUUUUAUGAAGAAAAGAAACCAUUACAGUUAAUUCUGGUCAACACAAUCCCACCGAUGGCCUAUCAGUCCACACACCUGCCACUCACUGGAUCAAUAGGCAAUGGGGAUUUCUCUCUACCCCUUCCUAAUAAAAACCACCAUCUGCCCAAAAGCAGCAAAAAUGAGAGUGUCAGCUGCUUGUGAAUUCACUCUAUGAGAGUAGGAUUUCUUCUGGGUUCUUGUUUGGCAUUAAAUCCUUCUUACCUCUACAGAGAUUGGUUCUGAAUGGCCUAAAGUAUUAGUAUUCAAAACUCAAUCGUAUCUGUGAAUGAACUGCAUCAAUGUCCACAGGGUACUGAUACAUCAAAAGACUGACCAGGAUCUGCCCCUAACGUCAGUAUCGGUGAAUCUAUGUGAUAAAUUGGCUAUAAAAAAUGUAUAUAAGUGUUAAAUCAAAGUUUCGGUUUGAUGUCAAGACUUCUUGUUUUGAUUUUUUGAUGUAGCACUUUAUAUUGCAGAAAGUGAAGUCUAAAGUCAUGGGAGAUCAACCGUUCUGUUUACAAUGUCUGGUUUUUGGAUAACAGUUGUGAUGUGACUAGUGUUUUGUAUUGCAUCAAGCAAUUGAGAUGCUGUAGCCUCAUUCAUGUAAGCUGAUGUCUGUGCUGCUGGCUUAUUAUUUGUCGUUUGUAUUCACUGAAUCCA